UGCUUAAUUAGCGCCCCAAUCGCCUCGCGGCGGUGGUAUAUAAACGCACGUUUAUCUUCCACUUCCACGCAUCCAUCCAUCCAUCCCUGCGCUGGCUAUCUACUCCUACUCUAGUAGCCGUGUACAGUUGCAACACGUACUACGGGCGAUCCAUCGCCAGCCGAGAGCAUUGACCCGCAUCUCGGGCGACGCGAGGAGAUCGAUCGGGAGGCGUCGAUCCAUCAUGAAGGUGCAGUGCGACGUGUGCGCGGCCGACGCCGCCUCCGUCUUCUGCUGCGCCGACGAGGCCGCGCUCUGCGACGCGUGCGACCGCCGCGUGCACCGCGCCAACAAGCUCGCCGGCAAGCACCGCCGCUUCUCGCUGCUCAACCCGUCGUCGUCGCAGAUGCCGCCGCCGCUCUGCGACAUCUGCCAGGAGAAGAGGGGGUUCUUGUUCUGCAAGGAGGACCGGGCGAUCCUGUGCCGGGAGUGCGACAUGUCGGUGCACACGGCGAGCGAGCUCAGCAUGCGCCACGCCCGCUUCCUGCUCACCGGCGUGCGGGUCUCCUCGGAGCCGGCCUCCUCCCCCGCGCCGCCGGAGGAGGAGGAGGAGAACACGAGCAGCCUCUGCUGCAGCGGCGACGACGACGCGGCCGCCACGAGCCACGGCGCCAGCAGCGGCAGCAGCAUCUCCGAGUACCUGACCAAGACAUUGCCCGGGUGGCACGUCGAGGACUUUCUGGUCGACGACGCCACCGCGGCGGCCAAUGCUGCCGCCGCCGCCUCCGCCGGCUUCUCUUCAGGCGGAUCGUAUCAGGGAGCGGCUCCAAACUUCGCGCUGCACGAAGCCGGCUACCAAGCGGGGUCUGGGUGGAUGAGGCAGGAGCAUUGGGUGCCGCAGAUGUACGCGGAGCUGGCCGGCGGCAAGAGAUCCCGGACAUCGGCUACCAAUCCGCGCUGGUGAAAACCGUCAGAAAGGUGUCACCGUCGCGUCCGUGUUACGCACGGGAUCGGACUUAAUGUGCUGGAGUACAUGACUGGGCUAGAUGAAGCUAUUUUUCGGGCUUAAUUUUCUGGGUUUUGCGCUUCUGGGCGUCCUCAUUCCUCGGGAUGUUCGGCAGUGUCUCUGCUUUUUGAGGAUGCGGAGAAAAUCUCCGCGCCUUUAUAUGCUUUCUCACCUGGUUCCUAAGUUUUUGCCCCUAAUACGCGAAUAAGGGAGUCGUUUAUCCCCUCUGAUAACAGUUUAGUCGGAAGUUGAAAUUGUUGCA